AUGUUCAAGCUACAUCCUCGCAAAUGUCCGGAACUGGGCUGCGUUGCUGCGUUGCUUCAUCUAGCUCUCUUGCUGUCGCCGCUCAGCUGCAGGACACAAGAUAUUGAUAGCUGUUCAGAAGGAAUGCAAAAAAAGGCCCUUAUCUCAUUAUACGAAGCCAGCGGAGGACCCUCAUGGGUGAACAACGAGCUCUGGACAAUCGAUGCGCAUUGCGUAAGGUCCCCGGGUCUGCGACCAGGAGUUCCAGAUAAUGUUGUGGUCCCGGAUAUCACUCUGCCACCUUUUUGCUGUUGGGCCGGCGUGGACUGCUGCCUGUCAGAGUCAUACAUCGCGAAUUACACCGCAUGCGGACAGUACCAGUGCAAUUGCACUGUCGGCAAGGUGACCGGCCUUAACCUGGGACGGAAUGGACUUAAGGGCCGACUUCAGGACGUGCUAAACGCCACAGUCCUGACCGGCCUGGCUUGCAGCCUUCGGAUGGCCUUCCUUGGCGGCAAUGAGCUCACCGGAAAGAUCCCGCAGGAAAUAUCCCAGCUAAGAGAUAUUCGUAUCUUAGGGUUCAGUACCAACGCCCUCACGGGAAGCAUCCCUUCUUCCCUGGAGGAUCUGAAUCAGUUGGAGGAACUGGAUCUGUCCAACAACCAACUAACUGGAUCCGUACCUUCGAAAUUGUGCGGCGGAACUGAACGGCCGAGCAAUCUGAGAGAUCUGGUUCUGUCCAACAACAAUCUCACCGGGCGGUUGGUACUGCCGGACUGUGAGGCGCUCAUUAACUUGGAUGUGCAGAACAACUUCCUUUCGGGACCCAUCCUGGACAUAUCCUCCUAUCGCCAGCUGCACAUCCUGCGCCUGGGGAACAACCAGUUCAACGGCACCGUCAACUUUGACAUGUUCGAUCUGCGGCUGCUGGUGCUGCUGGACCUGGCAUUGAACAAGUAA